UUAAUAUGCUACCCAUUAUGAUAAAUACGUUUAUUCCUGGCCCGUACGGUGGUUGCGUGGUAAGGACUAACAAAACCUACGACUUGCGCUUACAUGACAUGGUGUACAAGUGCUUCUCAGCGUGUCCCUUGUGUGCUGAGUUAUGUUGACACAAAGAAGACAAAUUGCUCGAAUAAGAAUCCCAAUCUUCAGUCACAUAAUUGAGUCCCCCACCUGUUGCCAUGUCUUAUGACAGAUUAAUUUGACAACAGCUGGGAACGGGUCAUAUGGAACUAAGGAAUCGUAGCCUACAUGAGUCUAUUUGUUGUUCCCCAACAUGACAAUAAAACGUUAUUUAAAUCACCUAGAGCUUUCCAUGUGCGACUGAGAACCAAUUAAUGAUUCAAGGGGAGGUCUGACGGAGUCCCUGUUGCCUGUAUAAAAAUGCCAGCACUUCCUAUCGUUGAGUCAGUGUGGGUCUUAGAACUGAGGUUCAGUCAGAAAACUUUGGUUACCACGAUUGCUUUAUAUUUCAGGGGAUCUAAAAAUUUGAAUAUCUUAAUUAUAAUACAGAAUAGUCUUGAACUUGAACUUGAAUAGUCAUGGUGAAUAUGGAAUUAGUCAAAUUUGCUAUUUUGACAGUCAUUCUAUACGCCCAAGUCUACGGGUCAUUUGGGUCUCCGAGCGAUGAUCGGGAUAUCUGGUCCGUGGAAAACUGGCAGCAUCAGGACCCGUCGGAUAGUGGUAUUGCCAUUCGCUUUGUUGAUCUCAUGAAAAGGUCGAAAUCACAGCAGUUCCAUGGGUUAAUGGGCAGAAGUUCUGGCGUUACUCAACCUGUACGUCUUGGUCGGAAAAGGAAUAAAGGCGGCGAGAUGUUUGUCGGACUCAUGGGCAGAAGGUCUUCUAGUGGAGAACUCCAGGAAGAAUGGAACAAAUCUCAGACAUACUACUAGAGAUCCAAAGGACCUCCACUACCUGAAGCUAUAAGAGUUCAUUGCUUUUCACUCAAACAUGUAUAAUCAGGCCAGUGCAAGCCUGGUAGCCUGUUAUAAAUGAGUAAAGUGUCUGUUUAACAUGAAAGCCAACCAAUAUCUAAUAGUGUCUCGUGGGUAGAAGCCACAUGUUUUGUGUAAAAAAAAACAUCCCUGAGAUCUAGGUGAUGUCCAUUUUGUAAAAUUGGGAUUUUCUAUGUGGACUAAUUGAUCAGGAUUGCCAUCAAGAAGUGAACGUGUCAUCAAGAGAUUAGUUGUAAGUUGUACUGAUGAUGUGCAGUGAAGGAUGGCUUGAUCUACAUUAAAACCUGAUAGUAAUAAUCUGACUUUACAAGCAAGGCUUCUGUGGACGUAUUUAGUUUUAGUUCGUUUGUUUAUGUUGGUAAAAUGUUUUCUUUUUGGGAUGUUGUUUACGGACACUUUUUCACAAUUUUUCCACUUUUUCCAGCAUCACUGUUGUACUACAAAUUGUGUUGAUAUUAUCAACAGACUGAAUACUGUUGUUCCACCAAAAAUAAAAGCAUUAUUUUGUUCUCCAGAACCAUAACAAGUUCUUCAUUUCUGGGUAGAUGUUUUACCUAUU